UGUCACGAAACGGUCGCACGUUAAAAUGGCCGUCAUCAGAGCAGCCUCCACUUCCCUCACUCUACUUGCCUCAACUUCAUCGUCAUCUCCUUCUCGUUACUGCCAUUGUUGCCCCUCGCUUUUCACGAAGUUCAGAUUUGGUCCCAUCUUGAAUAUUUCCUUUGCCUUCAAACCCUUAUCUUCCAGAAAAGCGAAGCGCAUGGCUCACUCCACUGCUCGGGCCACCCUUGGCCUCACUCAAGCAAACAAGAUAGACCCACCAAAGAUCUCAUUUGCGGCAAAAGAGAUCGAUUUGGUACAGUGGAAAGGAGAUUUACUUGCUGUAGGCGUCACUGAAAAGGAUAUGGCAAAAGAUGAUAAUUCGAAAUUCAAGAAUUCAAUUCUGCAAAAGCUGGAUUUGCAGUUGGGUGGACUGUUAUCUGAAGCCUCAUCCGAGGAGGACUUCACCGGAAAGGCUGGACAAUCAACAGUUCUUAGGCUUCCUGGUCUUGGUUCUAAAAGGGUUGGUUUAAUUGGGCUUGGAGCAGCUGCAUCAGCAACGGUGGCCUACCGCAAUCUUGGUGAGGCAACUGCAGCAGCAGCCAAGUCUACGCAGGCAAGUAAUGUUGCAAUCACACUUGCUUCUGUUGAAAGGACCCCUGCAGAAUCAAAGCCAGUUAUUGCUUCAGCAAUUGCCACUGGAGCUAUCUUGGGGACUUUUGAUGAUAGUAGGUUCAAGUCAGAAUCACAGAAACCGGCUCUCAAAUCAGUGGACAUUAUUGGUCUUGGCAGUGGACCUGAGAUAGAGAAAAAACUCAAAUAUGCAGACCAUGUUUGUUCCGGGAUCAUCCUUGGGAAAGAGCUUGUAAAUGCUCCGGCGAAUGUACUCACCCCUGGAGUACUAGCUGAAGAAGCCUCAAGGAUUGCUUCGGAGUACAGUGAUGUUUUUACUGCAAAAAUAUUGGAUGUAGAGCAGUGCAAAGAAUUGAAAAUGGGUUCCUAUUUAGGCGUUGCUGCAGCAUCCACUAAUCCUCCACAUUUCAUCCAUUUAUGUUACAAGCCUCCUAAUGGCAAAGUAAAAACCAAGCUGGCCUUAGUUGGAAAAGGCUUGACCUUUGACAGUGGUGGCUACAAUAUCAAAACAGGAGCAGGCUGCUUGAUUGAACUCAUGAAAUUUGAUAUGGGAGGCUCAGCAGCAGUAUUGGGUGCUGCAAAAGCUCUCGGUCAAAUCAAGCCUGCUGGAGUAGAGGUUCACUUCAUUGUUGCAGCUUGCGAGAACAUGAUAAGUGGAACAGGUAUGAGACCUGGGGACAUCCUCACAGCUUCAAAUGGAAAGACGAUUGAGGUAACAAAUACCGAUGCUGAAGGAAGGCUUACACUUGCUGAUGCUUUAGUCUAUGCUUGUAAUCAAGGUGUAGAGAAGAUAGUGGAUUUGGCCACACUGACUGGGGCCUGUAUUGUUGCUCUUGGACCAUCUAUAGCAGGCAUUUUCACACCCAGUGAAGACUUGGCGAAAGAGGUAUUUGGAGCCUCAGAGGCCAGUGGAGAAAAGCUUUGGAGGAUGCCGUUGGAGGAAAGUUAUUGGGAGUCGAUGAAAUCAGGAGUUGCUGAUAUGGUGAAUUCAGGUGGCCGUCAAGGUGGUGCCAUCAUUGCCGCUCUUUUCUUGAAGCAGUUUGUCGAUGAGAAGGUGCAAUGGAUGCAUAUCGACAUGGCUGGUCCCGUUUGGAACGAUAAGAAGAAAAACGCCACAGGGUUUGGUAUAUCAACACUGGUAGAAUGGGUGCUGAAGAACUCUUCUUAACUCCAGUUUCUUUUUUACAUGUCCCAUUUUCGGAAUAAAGUUGGUUGGAAAAGAGCACGACAUAGUCGCGGCCGCCGCCCUACCCCUACCAUGGGGGUUGGCUUUGUGCUGUUUCGAAAUUUUGCUCUACAUUUGCCUCGUCGAGAUAUGAAAGCUCUUUUGCCCGUCUCUCUUUCGUGUUUGGCCCUUGGCGUCAAAUAUAAUGGAUUUGGGCGUCAGGAAAUGUGCUUAAAAUUGAACUAGAUGCGUUUGGAUACAAGAUUUUCAAUUCAUAAUAAUAAAUUCAUCAAAUUUGUGGGGAUAAA